AUGUGCCUGCCCUGUGUAGGGGACGAAACUACCCAAGUCAGCCCCGAAGGACCAAGACGACAUCAUCCUUCAGAAGUCACUGAAAGGCAGUCCAUACAAAAACGUGUUCAGAAUAUGAAAAAUCUAAGGAAAGAGAAGAGGAAACUUAGUAAACGUUUUGCAAAGCCUGCUCCUCUUCCAGAACCAGGGCUCCUACAGCACGUCCGUUAUCACUCAAGUGUUCCUACUAGUUUUGGUUCCAGCAGCAGAAUCGCUUGUCUCUCCAGUUCUCAGCGCAGCAGUUUGCCCUGUGGCCCCAACGGCCUGGUGGACCUAAGAAGAGUUGUUGAUGUGUAG